UUACCAUUUUUAUCAUGAAAUAUCCAUUAACAUGUGAACAAGUUAUAUCAUGUGGACCUACUACGCUACCACACUCUAGCUGCUUGUUUGUCAACUUCAAAGUGUAGUCCACCACAUGAGCAGCAGAGUCUUCUCUAAAUCAGUCACAGGCCCUCCAUAUCUUCUCCUACUACAAAGAUGUUCAAGCUUGAACGAACUUAAGCAAAUCCAUGCCCAAAUAGUCACCACCGGUCUUGCUCGUUUCACAUUCAUUGCCAGCAAGCUCUUAGCCUUCUCCGCACUAUCAGAAUAUGGCAAUCUGCACUACGCUGAGACACUAUUAUACCAAAUUACCAGACCCAACAUCUUUGAUUGCAAUUCCAUGAUUAUGGGUUUCUUGAAACGCUCAGAAUCUGAAAAGGGUCUCUCCAUUUACACCAAAAUGAGAAGGAUGGGCACUGAGCCGAAUGCUCGUACUUUCACUUUUUUAGUUAAAGCAUGUGUUGGCGUAUCUUUGCUUGGUCAGCUACAUGGUCAGAUAAUGAAGUUUGGACACGGUUGUGAUGUUUAUGUUAUUAGCUCACUUAUUAGUAUGUACUGCAAAUGUGAAGCUGUGGAAUUUGCUCGUAGAGUGUUUGAGGAAAGUUUGGAUAAGAAUUUGGCUUGUUGGACUAGCCUUAUUAGUGGUUAUUGUAGUAAUGGGUUGGUUCAUGAGGCUCGCGAUUUGUUUGAUGCAAUGCCAGAGAGAAACGAUGUUUCUUAUAGCGCAAUGGUUUCUGGGUAUGUUUGGAAUGCUUGUUUCAAUGAAGCUAUUGACCUGUUUCGUGAAUCGAAGAGUCAUGUCAGGCUCAAAGAGUCUCUUUUGGUCAGUGUUCUUAAUGCUUGCGCGUCUGUGGGCGCAUUCGAAGAAGGGAAAUGGAUUAAUUUGUUUUUGAAUGAAAACGGUAUCGAGUAUGGACUUGAGCUUGGUACCGCACUAAUAGAUUUUUAUGCAAAAUGUGGAUGCAUUGAAGAUGCACAAGAAGUGUUCAGUAUGAUGCCUAGUAAAGAUGUGACUACUUGGAGUGCUAUGAUCAUGGGAUUUGCUAUCAAUGGGGAGAAUGAUAUGGGGCUUGCACUUUUUGCAGAAAUGGAAAAGAAGGGACCUAAACCAAAUGCUGUGACAUUUGUUGGAGUUCUCACUGCAUGCAAUCACAAAACUCUGGUAAAUGAAGCAUGGCGCUUGUUGGGACGCAUGAGUAAAGUUUAUGGUAUUGCCCCAGGGAUUGAGCACUAUGGGUGCAUGGUUGAUCUCUUGGCACGCGCCGGACAUGUGAAGGAUGCAGAAAUAUUGAUAGGAAGUAUGGCAAUGAAACCGGACGGAGGGAUAUGGGGUUCUUUGCUUAAUGGCUGUCUGAUUCAUGGCCAUGCUGAGUUAGGGUAUAGGGUGGGGAAGCUUCUGAUUGAGUUAGAACCUCAACAUAGUGGAAGGUAUGUUCUUCUGGCCAACAUGUAUGCCGAAAUGGGAAACUGGGAGGAUGCAACGAGGGUCAGGAAAAUGAUGAAGGAUAGAGAAGUAGUUACAAGUUCUGCUUGGAGCUUCAUCGAGAUUGAUGGUGUUGUCCAUAAAUUUGUAGCUGACGAUAAGUCUCAUUCUCAUUCCAGAAAGAUACACAAAACUUUAAACCAACUCAGAAGGGAUCUUGAAGGCUUUUCAAUUGGUAGUGAUGCAUCGUUGCUUUAAAGAAGUCUUUAUUGGUGUAUUGGGAAGAUCAAAUCCAGAGGCAAGUCUAUCCUCUUCUUCCAAAGAUGCAUCUAGCUGCAUAUCUUUACAUUGAAUGCUGUUGUAUUUAUUUAGCCCAGAAGCCUGCCUCCUUUGGUGUGCCAUUCGAACAAUUCGAAGUCCCUUAGGGAGGGAAAUUAUUAGAAUUAAAAAUAUUUUCCAUAAUUAGUAUAGUUUAUGGAACAAGAUUGUCCAUCAGUUGGCUAGAAGUUUGUUGAAAUACCCGUCCACUUCCAGCAAUUUUUGAAGUUUUCUCCAAGCGCCAUGAAAAGCCAAUGACAGAGGUGAGCCAUUUCU